GCUCCCAAAAAACAGAGAGAACAACCAAACAAACCACAUUUCUUCUCCACAUCUUGAGAGAGAAAAAAAACAGAGGAGUUACAUUAGAGAUCUCAUGGCGAUGGCGGUCUCCGGAGCUGUCCUCAGUGGGCUUGGUUCUUCGUUCCUCGCCGGAGGCAAGAGGAGUGCCACCGCAUUGGGAAGCGGCCUAGGCACUGGUGCUCAGAGAGUUGGCAAGAAAACUCUUAUUGUCGCUGCUGCGGCUGCUCAGCCUAAGAAAUCUUGGAUCCCUGCCGUUAAAGGUGGCGGCAACCUCCUUGACCCUGAAUGGCUCGAUGGCUCGCUACCCGGAGAUUUCGGGUUCGACCCCUUGGGUUUGGGAAAGGACCCGGCUUUCCUGAAAUGGUACAGAGAGGCUGAGCUGAUCCAUGGGCGAUGGGCGAUGGCUGCGGUUCUUGGGAUCUUCGUCGGCCAGGCCUGGAGCGGUGUGCCGUGGUUUGAAGCUGGAGCCGAGCCAAGUGCGAUCGCUCCCUUCUCGUUCGGGUCACUUCUUGGAACCCAAUUGAUUCUCAUGGGUUGGGUGGAGAGCAAGCGAUGGGUCGAUUUCUUCAACCCGGAUUCCCAGUCGGUUGAGUGGGCAACACCGUGGUCAAGGACCGCCGAGAAUUUCGCAAACUAUACCGGUGAUCAGGGAUAUCCCGGUGGAAGAUUCUUCGAUCCGUUGGGUCUCGCCGGCAAAAAUCGUGAUGGUGUUUAUGAGCCGGACAGAGAGAAGCUGGAGCGGCUGAAAUUGGCAGAGAUUAAGCACUCAAGGCUCGCAAUGGUUGCCAUGUUGAUCUUUUACUUUGAGGCCGGGCAGGGGAAAACGCCUCUUGGUGUUCUUGGUUUGUGAAAAAAACGGCAUAUGAUGUUUUUGAGUCUGUAGAUAUAAUUUCUCCUCCAAAAACCUAAUGUUCCUCUUCUUCAAUGUGACAUUUGGGAAACGAUCAUUAAAUCA